AUGGAAUCCUUGUGCAUCAAUGGCAUAUACAGAGAAAUACUCAAGAGAUUCAAUAUGGACGAGUCUCACCCAUUGUCUAGCCCCAUGGUCGUGAGGUCUCUCGGCCUGGACACUGAUAUGUUCCGUCCUAAGAUGGACGAUGAAGAUGUCCUUGGUCCCGAAGUGCCAUAUCUCAGUGCCAUAGGAGCUUUAAUGUAUUUGGCAAGUCACACACGGCCUGAUAUAUGUUUUUCCGUGAAUCUAUUAUCUAGAUUUAGCUCUUGUCUGACCCAAAGGCACUGGAACUGGAUUAAACAUGUUCUUCAUUACCUGCAAGGAACAAAAGACUUGGGUUUAUUUUAUACUAACCAAAACAAAGAAGGGUUAGUUGGCUUUGCUGAUGUAUGUUAUCUCUCGGAUCCUCACAAUGCUCGAUCACAGACCGGCUACGUCUUUACUCAUGGUGGUACGGUCAUAUCAUGGCGUUCCAUGAAGCAGACGAUCACGGCCACUUACACAAACAAUUCGGAGAUCUUGGCUAUUCACGAGGCCAGCCGCGAGUCUGUGUGGUUAUGGUCCAUGACUAACCAUAUACGAGUCGAUUAUGGGAUGACCGAAGGCAAGGACGCACCAACCGUGAUGUAUGAGGACAAUGCAGCUUGCAUUGCUCAGCUUAAGGAUGGUGAUAUACCUUGGAUUUGA